CGCUCGGCCUCCACACCACUCCUCUCCCCUCAGCGGGCGAGACGAGCUCGAGCCGGGACCUGCCGCGCGCCUCAGCUCGGGGCGGGACCUCGCGCCCCUCGCCUCCGAGGUUCCCCCGCCCGCAGCCCUACCUGCUCGCUGCGGAGGCCAUGGCGAAUCAACCCCAUCCUCCCGCCUCUCCGGUGACGUAUUUUUCCCUCGACCAGUCGUGAGGCUGCGCAUGCGCGUUGGGCGGGCGCUCCUCAAGGCGCAGCUGCGGAGGUGGGCCGGCGCGGGACGCAGUGAAAAGCCCUCGAGAAGCUGGCACCUGUCUUCACGGACCUCCCGCACCUGCGGGGUCCGCCAGCAGGUGCACAGCCCACCCGGAGGACGCGGGACUCGAGCUCCCGGAGCCGUGAAUGUGCGGCUAGCGAGCCGGACGGCGACGCCUCGGCGAAACCUGAUACAGCGCGCGAGUCUGUGGUUCCCUGCUUCCUAUCGGGAAGUCCAGAGUCCACGUGCGGCAAGCCUGACCGGAUUCACCGCACUGCGACCCGGUGGGGACCAGCGACCGCCGCCCCCCAACCCCGCCAGCUCCGCCCCUGCGGCAGCGCCCGCCGGCGCAAACAGGUCCAGUCCCGCCUCGCCUCCUCGGAGGGCGGGACGUCACGCGGCCGCCGCUGACCAAUGGCGGGGGCGAAGGGGCGGAGCCUCUCCAGCUCCACCCAUCGCCUGCCCGAGCCCAUGGGGGAGGGGGCGGCGGGCGAGCCGCCGGCGGCUGGCGCAUGCGCGGCGCGCCCCGGCGGCGAUGACGUAGCGCUGUUGCGGCCUCGGCUACCCGCGAG